AUGGGUUGUUGCGUUUCUCAUUGCAAAGUCAAAACAGUGGAAGUCAUUUUAGAUGAAAAUGGUGUCGCUCGAUGUGUAGCCGAAGGAAAAGGCACUCAUUUUGUCCAUACAUGGCCCGAUAAAAGAACAACAUUACAAAGAAAACCCUAUACCAAGCCAUCAGAAAUAUCUCACCUUUCACGACCACAAUCUGCUUAUUAUCCAGCAAAA